AUGGAAGAGGACGAAGCCACGGGCGGUGGCGGGGAGGGAGCAGACGGCUCCUUAGGAGGCGGACUCGGGGACUGGCCGGACGACGAUGAGGAGGACAACAAGCCGCGCCACAACCGUGGCGCUGAGAGGGCGGGUGCCAGCUCCUCGGCUGCGCCGACUGCACCAGGCCGCGCACCGAAGCGCCGAGCCGACGCCGGGUUGUACGGCAGCCGACCUAAGAAGCCCAAGAACACGGCCGCCACGACCAGGUGGCAGGAGGCCGCCGUGAAGGCAGCCCAAUUCCAGAAGGCCCCGAAGCAGCGCCCUAUGGUGUCGGCGGCCCCUCUCUCUUGCGCGCGGGCCCCGUCUACGUCGGUGAUUGGGGCGGUGGACGGCUCCACGGGCCCCCGCCGAGUGGAUCCACUCGCCGACCUUCAGGAGGCGACAGAGAGGAACGCACGGGAGGCGUGGGAAGAGCGGGAGAAGGCGAAGGUGGCCAAGGCGGCACAAGCGGAGGCCGAUGCCGCGGCUAAGGCCCGAGCCGACGUGGCGGCCACCACGGCGCAGGCGGAGGAAGCGUCCCACAACCAGGCUCCGAAGCCCACCUGCCCGCAGCACGCAGAUCCGCCGGUGCCAGAAGUCCGGGCGCCGACAGGAGAGGCCGGCGCCGACCAGCCGGUCUGGUAG